GAAUGACCCGUACUGAACACAAUAAACAGCUUUCUGUUACUACUUCGACGAUUCAUUGUUGAUUCAUGAAGUAGAUAUCAUCAGCUAAAAUGUAACUCACUGGUUUUCGAAAAUUUUAAUAAUUGUAGAAAUGAUUGUCAUUUCAAGACGUUCGCAAAUACGCUGGAUUAUGCGGUCGAAAAUCUUACGGGGCGAGAAGUAUAAGUCGAAUAUCGCGCCAAGUGUUUCAGAUGAAUGCGCGAAUGCAAUGAGAUUACAAGCAUGGUAAAGUGAGACAAACUACAUUGGUCGUCGUGAGGGUAGCACUGUUUGGCUUGCUAUGGUGAAGCACUACUGUACUAUGGUGAAGUAGAAUUGCACUAAGGAAAAAAACUACUUCAGGUGACGUCAGGAUUUUGAGUAACUUUUAGGACACUCUCUGUAACUAAACUUGAAUUGCUUAUUACUAAUUAACAUUUUGGAAGUUAGAAAAUAAUCUUAGAAGUUAGAACAUAAUAAGUACAUAUUUAUUUUUUUACGUUAACUUCCAUUGAAUCUUCAGAUGGCUAAAUACAAGGUCAAGAUUGGAAUAAUUGGCGGUUCUGGAUUGGACGAUCCCCAAAAUGAAAUUCUCAAUUGUCGUACUGUAAUUACUCGGGAAGCUGCCAAAAAUGAAUUUGGAUUGCCUUCUAGCGAUCUCUAUCAGGGUAAUGUUGAAGGCGUGGAUGUAGUACUAUUGUCAAGACAUGGUCCAGGUCAUAAAAUAAGUCCUACUGCAGUAAAUUAUCGUGCAAAUAUAGAAGCUUUACGACUAGCUGGAUGCACUCACAUACUAGCAUCUGCAGCUUGUGGUUCGUUACAAGAGUCCAUCCAUAUAGGGAAAUUAGUUAUUCCAGAUAGUUUUAUAGAUAGAACAAUAAAAAGGCAUGUAACUUUUUAUGACAAUACUUCGACUAAAUAUGCAGGAGUAUGCCACAUUCCAAUGGAACCAGCUUUUAAUCCAGAGACAUCAGAAAUAUUAUAUGAAGUUGGAAAAGAACUAGAAUAUGAUAUUAGGUUUGGUGGAACAGUAGCAGUCAUAGAAGGACCUCGCUUUUCCUCAAAAGCUGAAAGUAAUGCAUUACGUCUCUGGGGUGGAGAUUUAGUUGGCAUGACAACAUGUCCAGAGGUAUAUCUGGCUAAAGAAGCAGGAUUAUUGUAUGCAAUUGUUGCAAUGGCAACAGAUUAUGAUUGUUGGAGAGACUGUGAAGACAAUGUUCAUGCAGCAGAUGUAGUAGCAGUAUUUAAACGAAAUGUCAGUAAAAUAAAAAAUCUGCUGGUAGGAGCAAUCAAAAUUAUUGGGGAAAAAAAUUGGGACAAAGAAAUUGACGAUUUACAGGAUCUGUGUAGAAAUAGUAAUGUUUCUUCUUAAUUUUGUUUACAAUUUGGACUACGACAAGUACAUACUAUGAACAAUUUUAAUAAAAAAUGAUAACUUGUAAAUUAAA